GGUGAGUGAAUGAGAACUAAGCAACAUCACACGUAAUAAGGACCAGCCAGGGGUGAGAAAUUGCCCUGAACCCUUGCUCACGGGGCUCUCCUUUGAGAAGGUAAAACCACUUGUCAGGAGCUCUCCACUGCAGUAUUUUGAAUAUUCUCGGACUUUUGUAAUUAUGUCUGGUGUCAGAAAGAAGAGAUGCUCAUUUUCUUCUCUAGCAUUUACACUUUGGAACCCAUCUCUGCCCACCCUUUCUAGGUUCUUGGUGCCACUCAGCAUCACUAGAUGUCAUAUGGACGAUGUUGGAUGGAGUCAAAGGAUUGACAGUUGUAAAUGGCCAGGCCCUCCUUUGCCAGCAGGAUUAAGAGAGUUAGUGAAAGACCAAACAGUAGAGUAGCCUAGAAAUUAAAGGUUUACAGGCAAGGAAAGAUGGUAGAUGUCAAGAAGAUCAAGGUAGAGACACUUCAUGCUUGAUCAAGCUGAGCUUCAACAGAGGUGGUUCCAGGAAAAAAAAUUACUCCUUACUGUCUACUGAUGUCACCUCUUUGAGACCACGUGUUCCUAGGUAACUUGAGAGUACCUGAUGAGCCUCACUUCUUGGAGCAGAAUUCUGGACUCAAGCUCUUCUUGCCUGCCAUGUGUAACUAAGGCACAAUGGAGGAAGGUGACAGUCUGUGCCAGUAUUAAUCUCAGACUGGGAGAAAAGGCCUAAAGCCAAGGAAUCAGUACUGAAUCAGGGAAUUUCCAAAGAAGAAUUACUCCAGAUAGCAUCAGUGGAAAAAUACAUCAGAGAUGAAUUCUGCUUCUGCAAACUGAAAGCAUCCCGUGGUUGUGAUGACCAAUUAGAGAUACAACCAAAAAUCCAGGCGAGACAUCUGAAAGGAAUGCCAAUCUCUCAGAAAUCUACCACCCUUAAGAUAGAUCAUGAACGGAGUGAAUUUGGGAGAAGUUUAGACCUAAGAUCAGUCCUUGUUAACCAACGCAGUGUUCCUAUAGGAGAAGGAGCCUAUAAAUGUGACACAGAAUUCAGACAGACUUCAGGGAGAAAUAACUCCCAGAGAAGCCAUCCAGGAAAGAAACUUUGUAAAUGUAAUGAAUGUGGGAAGUCUUUCCAUUUCCAGUCAGAACUGAGGCGCCAUCAGAGAUGUCACACCGGAGAAAAGCCCUAUGAAUGCAGUGAAUGUGGAAGAGCCUUUGGUCAUAUUUCGUCCCUUAUUAAACAUCAGGAACUCACACUGGAGAAAAGCCCUAUGAAUGCAGUGAAUGUGGGCGAGCCUUCAGCCAGAGUUCAUCUCUUGUUUUACAUUACAGAUUUCAUACUGGGGAGAAACCCUACAAAUGUAAUGAAUGUGGAAGAGCCUUUGGUCAUACUUCAUCUCUUAUUAAACAUCAGAGAACUCACACUGGAGAAAAGCCCUAUGAAUGCAGGGAAUGCGGGAGAACCUUCAGCCAGAGUUCAUCUCUCAUUGUACAUUACAGAUUUCAUACUGGAGAGAAACCUUACAAAUGUAAUAAAUGUGGGCGAGCCUUCAGCCAGAGUUCAUCUCUCACUCAACAUUACAGAUUUCAUACUGGAGAGAAACCUUACAAAUGUAAUGAAUGUGGGAGAGCCUUUGCUCAUACUGCGUCCCUUAUUAAACAUCAGAAAAGUCAUACUGGAAAAAAAGCCUUAUGAAUUCAGUCAAUGUAGGAAGGCUUUCAGCUGGAGCACACACAGUUUUCACAUGACACACUGUGGAGAGAGAUCCUGUAUGUGUAAUGUAUGUGGGAAGACUUGGUUGGAAGACCUGUCUUAUUCAACAUCAGACAGUACAUGCUAAAGAAAGGCUCUUUAGAUGUCAAGAGAAAAGGUGGGCUUUCUGUUACACCUCGCCCUUUAUCAAACACCAGAGGAUCCGUAUUAGUGAGAAACCAAGUAAAUGUGAUUGAUUUGGAGAGGCUUUUGUCAGAGGACACAUAUUAUUCAACAGCAGACAGAUUCUACUGGCAAGAAGCCUUAUCAAUGCACUGAGUGUGGCACAGCCUUCAGUCACAUACUAUUCAGAAAGUAAGUAAGUAAGUAAAUAAAUAUCAGAUAACUCAAGUGUGGUAAAAGCAAUCUGUGAUACUUCUCUUACUAAGCACCAAGAACACAUAGAAAAGUCUUUGAAAGCAAUAAAGGUGGGAGGGCCUUUUAGAGCUCAUCUCUCAAUAAACAUCAGAGAAUUUAUUUUUGAGAAAAACGCUAUGGAAAUAGCGAAUGUGGGAGAAUCUUUAGCCAAACCUCUUUCAUUUACAAAUAUCAGUGAACUCACCCUGCUAGUUAGAAACCUGGGAAUAGAAUGUAUGCGGAAAAGCCUUUGGCCAAUGUUCCACCCAUUUUGCACAUCAGAGAAUGUGUACUGGAGUGACUUUUUGAAUUUGGUGAAACUGGGAAAACCCACUAGUAUAGUUCAGGUCUCAGCAUACAUUAAGGCUUUACUCCAAUGAGAAACCCUGGGAACUUAAUGAGUGUGGGAAAAGUUCCUUUCAGGCUUGAGAUUCAUAAAGCAAGAGCUGAAAGGAAUCUGAGUGAUUCAACAAGUCCUGUGAUUUUCUACCUGGU